UGGCUUGUUUAGCGCUCAUUGAAUUCUGGGUAGUAAUGGAAUUUGGCGGUUAUUUCAAGCGAUCAAAAUAUUUAUACUAAAGUUUCGCCGUCCGAAUCUUGAGUUUUCUUCCCCUCUGUUCUGAUCGAUAAAAAACAUCAUGCCAGAGGAAAAGGAAAAGACCAUCCCGGUUCGUGUUGCGUUGAGAAUCAGACCGCUAGUUCCAAAAGAAACCGGCGAUGGAUGUAAAGAAUGUAUCCGCUGUGUUCCAGGGAAUGCUCAAGUCAUUAUCGGAGACGACAAAGCUUUCACGUACGAUUAUGUGUUCGGUAGUUCAAGCAGACAGGAAGAUCUUUACAGUGAAACUGUGAUCCCGUUGCUGGAAGGAUUUUUUAAGGGCUACAAUGCCACAGUUCUAGCAUAUGGCCAAACCGGAUCGGGAAAAACGUACUCAAUGGGAACAGCUUUCACCAUGUGUAACGAGACUUCAGAAGAAAGAGGAGUGAUUCCACGGCUUAUCAAAACUGUGUUUGACUGGAUUGAUGAGAGGAAGGACAAAACCGAGUUCCUUUUGAAAGCGUCAUUUUUAGAGGUAUGGAGUAUUAAUAUGGUGCCACCCCUGUUAAAUUUUUNUGCACAUCAAAAACUGUUUUUACAGAUUGCUGGUUUACAGGAGGUUGCUGUAACAUCUGGGGCAGAUAUGGUGCGAUGCUUGGAGCAGGGGUCAGCUUCCAGAGCAACAGGAGCCACUGCCAUGAAUAGCAGAUCAAGCCGUUCUCAUGCCAUAUUUACAAUAACACUAGAACAGAAAGAGCUAAAGGGGAGUGAACUUAAAAAGGCCAAAUUCCAUCUGGUAGACCUUGCUGGAUCAGAAAGGGUUAAAAAGACCCAUGCUCAAGGAGAACGUUUCAAGGAAGGUGUUAAUAUCAACAAAGGUCUCCUGGCUCUAGGAAAUGUGAUCAGCGCUCUCAGUGACGAGCUCAGGAAAUCCAAUGCUCAUGUCCCGUACCGUGACUCCAAGUUGACACGCCUUCUUCAAGAUUCCCUUGGAGGUAACAGUAACACAAUGAUGAUCGCCUGUGUCAGUCCAGCGGACAGUAAUUUCGAAGAGACUUUAAACACUCUCAGAUACGCGGACCGGGCGAGGCAGAUCAAGAACAAGCCGAUUGUUAAUCUUGAUCCUGCUGCGGCUGAACUGGCUCGGCUCAGACAACAAGUCCAGCUACUACAAAUGCAGCUUAUUCAAGGACAAACGAUUACAGGAACGAAUCCAACUGGUACAAGUCACGAAAGUACAGCCGCUAACAUCCAAGAACUGGCGGAUAGAAUCACAGAACUGGAGUCAGAAAAUGAAAAACUUAGCGCCGAGCUGCACGCUUCAGUCGAUCAGAACACGCAGAUGUAUGAAAAAGUUUUAGUGGCUGAAUUAGCAAGAGAUAAAGUGUUUCGAAAGUUUAAUGAACUGAAGAGUCAUUUUAGUUCCAAAGUUGAUGUAAAGGUUACGGACACAAAAGACGAAGUUGAACCAAAUGUAAGCCUUGUGGAAGAACUACAAACGAAACUGCAUGAGCUUGAGGACACUUUCAACUCUUCCACGCAGCUAGAGGAUGCAGUUAAGAAUGAAGAGCAGAAUACCAGUGCAGGCUCGGAACACCCGGAUGAGUGUGACGACAGCUCUCACCCCAGCUCUCCAUCAGAUGCCUCGUUUGUUUCCCAGCAUGCUUUGAGGCAGGCAGAGCUUGGCCGGCAACUCCAGGAAUUGACCAAGGCACUGGCUCUAAAAGAGGAAUUAGCCAAUAAGAUGGUAGCAAAUGAUUCGCGGCUGACUAGCAUGAGAAAGCAAUACGAGGAUACUGUUCGGGAAUUGGAAGGUGAAAUUUCCAGAUUGGAGAAAGAGAAGGCCAAUCUAUCGGUGGCUUUGACCAAUGCAAAGUCUGAGAACUGUGACGGGAAAAUCAAGGAAAAGAAUAGAAGCAGGGUCAAGGAACUAGAGGCAAAAAUUUUGGAACUGAAGAAGAAGCAGGUUAGUACGGUGUUCAGUUGGGCUUUGAAUUUUUUGUUCUCAGUAAUCGAUCACAUGGUUGAUACUGUUGAAAAUUGUCGUAAUAGAUGCGAGUUUAAGCUUCUAAUAUGUUCGCGAUUUUUUUUUUUUUUUAGGAAAAUCAAGGAAAAGAAUAGAAGCAGGGUCAAGGAACUAGAGGCAAAAAUUUUGGAACUGAAGAAGAAGCAGGUUGAACAACAGAAAAUGUUGAAGUUGAAGGAACAGAGCGACAGCACCAUAAAGAAACUCAACUCUGAAAUUCAGGGCAUGAAAUCCAUUCGUGUAAAACUCAUGCGCCAAAUGAAGGAGGAGUCUGAACGCUUUAGAGCACUGAAGGCUCAGAAAGAAAAAGAAAUCAACACACUAAAGCAACAGGGUCGCAAAAGGCAGUUUGAGUUUAAGAAAUUGGAGUCAAUUCACAUGAAACAGCAGGCUGUCCUUAAAAGGAAAACGGAAGAGGUGACAGCCGUUCAAAAGCGACUGAAGAUGGCGCUUGAUCGUCAGAAAGAGGCAGCGGAUAAGCGAUCUACACAGCAACAACAGCAACAAAAACAAGCGGAGGGACUGUUGCCGAGAAUGAAGUCCUGGCUGAGCCACGAGGUCGAGGUUCUAGUGAGUGUUGGUCAGGCCAGGCAGACACUAGAAAAUCUCAUUGAUGACAGGAAGGUGUUGUCAAGGCAACUGGCGGAGUUACGAAGCGAAGAACAGGAUGAAGAUGAUGAACCUGCAGCGAAGAAAAUGGUUCAGGAGGGUGGAACACCAGGAGACAAAAAAAGCAAGUCCCAUGACCUUCAAAAGAAAAGAACUGCUCUUGAACAUGAACUGGAACUCAGGAGUGCCCAGAUUGCUGGACUUCAGCACAAAAUUCUUGAUGCAGAGCAAGGUGAAAAGUCCAAACAUCGGUGGAAUAACAUUCAUAGCAUGGCGGAGGCUAAAGCAGGACUUCAAGCUUUACUAAACAUGACAGUAGCAGCGAAACUAAUAAAUGCUACCGCUGACAAGUCUAGAGUUGAACUGGAACAACAGUGUCAAGAGUUCACGUCACGAGAGCAGUCCAAUAUUCAAGAGCACCAAGCAGAAAUUGCAAAACUUAAACAGUCCCAUGAAGACUCCAUGAUGCGUCUUAAGGAAGAACACGAAGAGAAGGUUCAGUGCCUUCUUCAGCAAAUAGCUUCUAAUGAGAAUUCCCAAGAGGAAACCAAAGAACAGCUGCAGGAACAACUCGAAGCGCUCAGAAAAGAGAACAGCAAAUUGAACGAGCAAUUAAAACAAUUGAAGGAUGUCUUUGAAACGGAUUCGCCAUUACCAGAGUCAAAGAAAAAGAAUUCGUUGAAGACGUCUCGAACAGUUGAAGUAGAAGAUGAUGACUGGGCAAUGGGUUUGAGUGAUGAAAGCGAGGCUGAGGACUCGACUGAGCGAGAUCCAGACUGGGUGGAGACCCCAGUCUCCCCGGACACUCCCAUGGUCCCUCGUCAGCGGAAGUUUGGACGGAGAACUAGAUCCACCGAGGCGUCUUCUUUGUCGAUUAUCAAAAAUCCCGGACGUGUUCAGGGUUGUACCUGUACUGGAAAGUGUGCGACCAAUAAUUGUUCGUGCAAGAAAGGCUCCUCAUCUUGUUCUGAAGAAUGUAGUUGUAAAGCGGUGAAGUGCGUCAACCGUCUGCCGAAACCUCUUCAGGCCGUACCAUCUCUGGCUACGAUAUCAGCAAGCGACUUUGAAAGCGAACCUUCACCGCGCUCAAAUGUGGGAGGUGAUGAGCGGAAAGCGUUAAUCGAGGUGAAAAACAUACCCGUUAAAGAACUAAAGUCCGACAAGAAGAACAUGCCAUCGUCGAUCAGGCAAAACGGAACAGAAAAUAAGCUUGUCUCGCGUAAACGCCCUAAAGUCUUCAACAAACCACACUCGAGUAGCUCGGUUUCCUCUUCCGAUGAAGACUUGGUCCUGUCGAACCAACGCGGAUUCACUCGACCCGGGACUACUUCCGCUCGGUCUUUUCCCGUGCAUGGAAGUUCGAAGACGCCUGGAUUCAGCUUUGGUUCUGCUAAGAAGGUGAUCGUAAAAAAGUCGAUGACAAAGUUUCACCCGGAAAACAAGCGAAAACGAAAAUUGCUGAAACCUGCCAACACUGCUUCAAGUUUGGGCGUUAAACCUUGAUUCGCGACCCUGCAGGGGUAAACUGAGAGAGAACUGUCUAAAAAUCAUGAACUAUUUUGAGUGAGCAAACAAGUCUCUUUGAGCGCUUGAGAAAUCUUGGAUUCGACCCGAAAAACUCCACAUAGCUCUUUGCAGAGAGUUGCAUAACAUCUUUGUUUGGUUUGCAGUGGCGCGCAAGCUCGCGCAAAGAGAGAUAUAAGUGCUCUUAGAUGAUAAGAACCCAACCGAAUACAAUCCACUUAUUAUUGUAAGUGAACUGAAUGCAACUGGCAUUGCAAGUCACGGUUGAACGAAGGAGUAUAAGAAUUCGUAGUAAAGUGUAAAAUAAUGUCUGGUCACUAAGAAAUAUUUUCGUCAUAUUCACAUUGAUUAAAUUGUAUUCCCUAAUUUCGAAGGCACUUUUGUUAAUUGAUAGUUUCCUAGAUUUAGAGUCCUUAAAUCUCAGUACUCUCUUUAGAGCUACAACAAUUUUAAGUUAUUUGUGAAGGUUAGCUGGAACUGUAAAUAAGCGCGAAGACUUCGUGUAAAGAUGUAAUAAUUUUAAACAGCAAUAUUCUCAUGCUAGAACCCUUUUAGUUCUGAAUUCAUUAUUAAUAGUAAUUCUCCUUACAUAACGUCAUACAUUUUCUUUUAACGUUAGUUGUGAGAAGUUUUCGAUAAAUCUAGGCACUAUUCCCUUGUUAACCAGAUCCCCAGUUCAAAGCACAAAGUACGCGAAAUUUUUGCGAUUUCAAUUAUGAUUUAGUGUUGACAAAAAUGGCUUAUUAACAGCCGUCAUGUAACGCUUUUCCAAAACCUUAGAAUUUACUUGUCGUGAAAAUUUCGUGUUUUAAAGUAAUGCAGGAUCUGCUUUUAACUCUGACUGUUGUUACUACGAUUAUCAGUUGAGUAAGGCGCGAACGUGCUUUGAAGAUAAAGUUUUAGAGAUAAAAUUACGGUGUUGCCACGGGACACUUUCCUCGUUUCCAAUAAUAACAAUAUCAUCGCCUGCAAUUUCGCGUGCUUUGCUGCCAAUGACGUCAAUGCCGACAAGUUGCCACUGGAAACGGAGCCGGUUGCCUGUGACAACAACACAAGUUGAUCGUUAAAAGAUGGUCACCAACUGAUAAUCGUAGUAAAACCACAAGAGAAUUUAAGGGAAUUCUCCACAGUGCGUUUUCCUGAUAAAUUAUAAGCAGGUUUUUGCUGCUACGGACUUUUCGAUUGUAAGCCUGCGUUCAAGCAAAUAGCCGAUUUCUUGCCAUGAAAACAUGUUUGUCUUAAUUCUCAUCACUUGUCAGCAUAGCAAUGUAUUAAAAUUAUAAGGGGAAAUGAGAUAUCGAUCGCUCAUUGGAAUGAAAGGGUUUAGAAGUGGGGGAUAUAAAUACAAGCUCUCAUUUGAAAAUAAAACACUAGUAAACUUUCAAAAAAAUGCAUCUUGUCUUUGUUUUAUUUUUGCAACACAACCAAUGAGGUUGAGCACGCUGGCAGAAGAGGUGAGUGUUGUCUGCCUGAGACGGUAACUCAAACCAAAGUCUUUCAAUUUCGCUAUCAUGCGAAAAUCGAAUCCAAAAUUGUUUUAUACUCUCCUAAUUCAUUUCAGGCUAACUUUGCAGCGUUUUGUAGCUUUUUUCCUCAGUCGCGGAAUGUGGCAUUCAUCCCCUCUCUGAAUUAGGAGCUUACGCAAGCCUUUAAGGAAACAAUGAAUAUUUAAUAAACUGAGCAAUAGCUUUACAGGAGUAUUAUAGUUGACCAGUUGGUACAUUUCUUAGACGUCCUCUGCAAAAAUAAAAACGCAAAAUUACCGGGUCAAAUACGCGCAAUUCAUAUCCUCGAUAUUACACUGCGACUAGCUAGCAGUAGAGGCUUAUGCGGGGGAAUAUCAUUACACAGAGAUAAAUGCCAUUUGCAUUUGAAAAGACCCCCCGCAUUACCCUGAGUUGCUGCAACCUUGGUCACAAGGGUUGGAACCCCUC